AUGUCGCCGGCGACCGCACCGCGAGUCGUGUCCUGGCUGCUGCUGCUAUUUGCCGUGUUCCUCGAAGGCGCCGCGGCCGGAACAAGACCACCGGGGAGGGUCAAUCGCGAACGGCCGCAGCCUCGCCCCGCUAUUCUCGGCAGCAGCACCGUCGCUCCCGUUCUAGCCAAGAGGGACAAUCCUUUGGCAUCGCCACCGAUAUCGACACUGUCAAACAGCAGCGACCCUUCCCACUUGGUGUAUUUGAGAAUAGGGGUGGUUUCGUCCAAUGGCGACCAAGUGGAGGAAUCAUGGAAUUCGACUUUGAGAGCCACAUGGCAGGCGUACAUUCUAGCGCAGGAGGACAUCAAUGCUGAUCCCACCGCCUUUGGGCUCCCCGCAAAUGCAAGAAUCUGGCUGGUCCCUGAAUCUCUCUGCAUUCAGGACAUGCAUGAUCUCCGUGACAUCACCGGCAGCUAUAACGGGGCCGCCAUGCUCGCCGCAUUGAAUGCUUACUACGAUGGGGCCAUUGCGAUACUCGGCACCGACGGCAGUGAGUCCACCAAGGCCGUCGCGCAAACCAUGGGCCGCUUGCAAAUACCCCAGUGCUCUCCGUGGGCCGGUGAUGAUGCUUUAUCAAGCAAGAUCUCGUUCCCUUACUUUUUCCGGACGUUGAGUGGUGCCUCGGACGACAUCUCCUACCUUCUGCCCGUCAUGAAAUACUUUGGCUGGACCCAAUUUUCCUUCAUCUAUUGCGAUUCGGCGCUCGGGAAUGCAUACCAAACGGCGUUGACGGAUCUCGUGAUAACUGACGCUCGGUGGCAGAUUACGAGCAAAUUCACAAACGGCGUAUGGCUUGGUUCCGACAGCACGGACAUUGCCAUUGCCGUUGAUCAAAUGACACGCGCAUUUGCCGAUGGAACUCGUGUCUUGUUCUUGGCUGGGAAUAUGGAUUGGAUGGCCGCCAUGUUGUUGUUCGCUUACAAAGCUGGGCUUAUGCGUGACGAUAUGGUUUGGUUGACUACCCAGGAUGUUUCAGAGGAGCUCGAUAUUGCUACAAGGGACACAGCCUUGACUCAGAAGAUUAUGCGUGGAUCUUUCUUUGGCACCGCUGGUGCCGCAAAUACCCCUGCCAGCGAACAAUUUUUAGAAAGGCUUCCAAAGCUGGACACCACGUUGUAUCCUGACCUUGGGCUUCCGGGUGUCAGCAACUUGGAUGUGUCGUACGCUUGCGUCCAGGCGCUCGCUGCUGGCUGGGGGAAGUUCUUGGCGGAUGGCGCGGCAAAAGGUGAUCCCACAGUGACUUUGGAGAACCUCGCUAGUGGGACCUUCAACGCCAAUUUUACGCCCGAUGUAUGGAAUACGGGGGCCGAUAGCCCGGUUGGAUACCUCACUUUUGACGAACAUGGAGAUAUGGUCCCCGCCUUCUACCAGAUCUACAAUUUCAACGGCACAGAUAUGAUGGUUGUCGGAAGAUCCGAUCAAAUCGACUACACUCCUAACCAGGCACCCAUAUUCAGAGAUGGAUCCAGUGCUGUGCCGCGGACAGCUCUGGAAAGAGUCGUCGUAAAUUCCACUUGGGGAAGCAACGAUGCGGUCACCUUCCUGGUGACGACAUCCUGUCGUAAAAAGAGCCAGUCCAGCUUUUUCAAUGGUGAGAACGUCAAGUGCGACAACCUCACGCUUUUAGGCAUUAUCGUGGGAUACUGUACCAUCUUUCCGUAUAUCGGCAUUCCGGAUUCGAAAGCGUGUGUGACGCAGACAUGGUUGCCGCCUGUGGCCUUCAGUUUGGUUUACGGAAGCAUUGCCGUAAAGUCUUGGCGGCUCUACAAGAUCUUCAACCAUCCAUUCCUCUCAAAGAAUUUGACAGUGAAAACUCCGGAAUUGCUUCUUUACGUCACCAUACAGCUGGCUAUCCAAGCAGUUAUUUUAAUAACUUGGGCGGUUUACGAUGCCCCGCAUCCAAUUAGCAUCAAUAUAUCCACGACUGAGAAGAUUUGGCUCUGCCGUUCUUCAAGCAGCUCCGUGCAGCAUGCUUUUGAGGCAUCGCUUUACGGGACCAAUGGCAUGUUGAUGGCUUUUGUGCUGUUUCUCACCUGGAAAAACCGCGCCAUCGAUUCGAGCUACAACGAAACGUCGCGCAUUGCAGCGGCUUCAUGGAACUUUGUCGCGUUGUUGGCCAUCGGUCUGCCGCUGGUGUACCUUCCAGCCCUGUACAGCUAUCAGUUCAUCAUGCGCCACGUUCUCUUCCUGCUUAUGACGACGUUCACGCUCAUGAUGUUAUUUGGACCGGCAGUGUUGCAGAUCGCCGGUAUCAGAGCGAAUGAGGUCGACUUGAAUGAAGCGAAUAAGUUCAUGCGGAUGACCUUCACAGCUUCCGCCAUGACCGGGGUUUCAGAUUCCGCUCUGUCCUCGUCGCUCGUUUCGAAUUCGGUUGUCGUGCCGGUAAUGAUAGAGGGCGGCAUAAGAACGUGGUUGAACCGGUGGGAGAUCUUUCGAGUAUUGCUCUUUCCCAGCAUGCAUCACCUAUACCUCGUGGAUGUGAGUGCGAGCUUGACUCCGGCGGGAGAUUCUAGCGGUCCUUCUGGUUUGCUCUUCGUUGAUAUAUUCUUCUCCGCCACGCCCCGUACACCACAGGAUGAUGGAGGGAGAGCGCUCAUGUACCGACUGAGCAACGUGAGCAUAAAAGCAGACUGUACCCAGGAUGCGGCCACGGAAGCGGAACCGGGUGGCGAUGGUAGUGGUGGUCAUCCAGACGAUGGAGGCACAAACGCUGACAGCGGCCGAAAACAAGCAGGGAAUGGAGCGGACCUCAUUCUGGCAUUCAAGCAGCCGGGGAAGCCGAAAACGACCGUCAGGAUGUCUUUCAGUAGCCACGCCGAGCAGGCUCAUUGGCACAGUCUUUUGGAGAAAGCCGCGGCGGUCAGCCGCUCAAAGACGACCUCCCCAACCGGCAGCGGAGCGAAAGACCCUCAGAUGAACAAGGACCACGCCUUGCGUGGGGGUUCGCCGAGAUCGAAAGACGUUUUGAAAACUGGAACGGAGGUGUAA